GAAUAUAAAUGGAAAAAGUGGCGCGACAGGCUUACUGGGUCUUUGUCAUUCGAGUCACAAAUCAGUGCUGGGGGCACAGGGAGCUUACUGGGUUGCCUGAUGUUUAAGGCUACUGGCUGGACUGAUUGGAUAGAAACUUGGAAUGUAGAUGAAAUGGAGAAAUGGCGUCAAACAUCAAAAUACAUUGAAGAGAUUCAUAAACAGGAAGGGAAAUACGAAAUGGAAGAAGCGGUCUCUGGAAUUGGUGAAAAUAUUUUCCCAGAUGGCAGGAAUCUCUUCAAAGAAGAACAAACUGAAUACGAUUAUAUUAUCAGGUUUGUCUCUCGCGUCUAUAUAAUGUUGUUCAAAGAUAGAACACUUUUGAAAUGUAACUGGGGUGAAAAGACCUUGCGUUGUUCCGCAAUUCUACACAACCGUUCACUAAAAGAUGACGAUAGAAGGUGUUCCGGGAAUAAGAUAGAUGCAAUUAUGUCAAUUUUGGAUAUUGGCUUAAAAUUCUCGACUUUGGAAGUCUCUGGAAGUUCCAAUAAUGAUGUCUUACUAUGA